GGGGGACUGAAUUGACGAGCCUUAAACAAACAUGGCGGCCCCCAAUGAGCCAGAGACGUCCGAAGGCGCAAAUAUCGUCGAUUUAGAUGACCAAGAAGAAGAGGUCACUUUUAAGUCACUGGGCAUCGUCGAUGUCCUCUGCGAAGCAUGCGAACAACUCAAAUGGAAAUCCCCUACAAAAAUCCAGAAGGAAUCUAUACCAUUGGCUUUGCAAGGCAAGGAUGUCAUCGGACUUGCCGAAACCGGGUCGGGAAAGACCGGUUCCUUCGCCCUGCCGAUCCUGCAAGCCCUCCUCGAAACGCCGCAGCGCCUGUUCGCCCUGGUGCUGACACCGACACGAGAGCUCGCCUUCCAGAUCUCGGAGCAGUUUGAGGCGCUCGGGGCCGGGAUCGGAGUCAAGUGCGCUGUGGUCGUGGGAGGCAUUGACAUGAUGACCCAAGCGUUGACACUAGCCAAGAAGCCACAUGUUGUAAUCGCGACGCCGGGGCGCCUGGUGGACCACCUGGAGAACACGAAGGGGUUCAGCCUGAAGGCCCUCAAGUACCUGGUCAUGGAUGAGGCCGACCGGAUCCUCAACAUGGACUUCGAGGAGGAGGUGGACAAGAUCCUCCGGGUCAUCCCCCGGGAGAGGCACACAUACCUCUACUCGGCCACCAUGACCAAGAAGGUGCAAAAGCUUCAGCGUGCAUCUCUCAAGGACCCAGUGAAGGUGGAGGUGUCCUCAAAGUACCAGACAGUCGAGAAACUGAUGCAGUACUACCUCUUCAUUCCCGCCAAGUUCAAGGACGUGUACCUGGUUCAUCUGCUGAACGAACUGGCGGGGAACUCCUUCAUGGUGUUCUGCAGCACGUGCAGCAACACGCAGCGGACGGCCCUGCUGCUGCGUAACCUCGGAUUCACCGCCAUACCCCUGCACGGCCAGAUGGGACAGGCCAAGCGUCUUGGUGCACUCAACAAGUUCAAGUCCAAGAACCGGUCAAUCCUGAUCGCCACUGAUGUUGCCAGCAGAGGUUUGGACAUUCCACACGUGGACUGCGUGGUCAACUUCGACAUCCCGACGCACUCCAAGGACUACAUUCACCGUGUGGGCCGAACUGCGCGUGCGGGGAGGUCGGGAAAAGCGAUAACCUUUGUGACCCAGUAUGACGUGGAGCUGUACCAGAGGAUCGAGCACCUGAUCGGCAAGAAGCUUCCCCUGUACCAGACGAGCGAAGAGGAAGUGAUGGUCCUCAUGGAGAGGGUGACCGAGGCACAGCGUUUUGCCAAGAUGGAGCUCAAGGAGCAGGACGACAAGAAGAGGGGAGGGAAGAAGAGGAAGGGGGAGGAGGAGGACGAAGCGGACGACACCGAGCAGGCUCGUGGGGUGCACGACCGCAUCGGGAAGCAGGGAAAGAAAGCGGGGGGCUUCAAGAAGAAGCGGAAAUGAGACCCGUCGGUUCUCCCUGCCAGGAGGCGGCCGUCAAUAUAAAACAAGUAUUGUACAUA